ACUGUUAGUGGCAAUGACCCCCAUGUCCUCAGGGUUUGCUCUUUUGAAUUCUCUCCUACCCUGGUACAAAUGAAGGUUGCAAUUGGAUGUAGACCUAUGGCCUUUCCCCUUGUGACCUGAGAUUUAAUUUAAUUCAUCACUGUUGGGAUGCUUAAUGGGUGCAAUUAUUCAGAGCAAGGGGAAGAAGGCACUCCAAAUAUUAAGAGGAACCAGCCAAGUCAAAUCUCAGUCUUUCAGGAACCAUGGACAAGGGCUUCUGUUUUCCUUCUUUCCAGUUUUCCAGAUACUUCUCCUGCUAUGGUAAAAGUGACUAAUCUCAUAGGACAGAGAAACCAGAGUAGAAGCAAGGGCAGUCUGCUACGCAUAUAAAUACAUAAGGCCUCAGGGAGUUCCUGCAAUGGUGCAGCAGGUUAAGGAUCCGGCGUUGUCUCUGGGGUGGCAUGGGUGGCUGUGGAGCCAUGGGUUCCAACCCCAGCCAGAUGCAGUGGGUUAAGGCUCUGGUGUUGCUGCAACUGUGGCAUAGGUCAUGGCUGUGGCUUGGAUUCUUUCCCUAGCCCAGGAACUUCCAUAUGCAAAAGGUGACUCCAGGUUGAUAUCAGAUAUGUCUGUUCUCUAAAAUGAACUCCUUCUUGGCUUCUUUCUCUGGCUCUGUGGAGUGAGCAGAGGCAGGGCAUCAUGAAAUAAGAGUUUUAACUAAGGAACAACCCUCCCCCUCCCCUGCUAAAAAGGAAGCUGCAAGCCUUUUCAGCUAUGCCCGCCUCAUACCACCCUUCUUGUAAUAAUGUAACAUCUAUGUACCCUACAUCCAAGCCAGCAGCCCUGCUAAUCCUGUUCCCAGCAUUGUUUAUCAGUUCCACUUCUGUAAACUUGCUUGCUCAGUUUCUUAGGGAGGAACACUGUCUGCUUGGGGAAGGGGGGGCCGGUGGGUCCAGGAUAUUUACAUGGGAAAAUCAAGACCUUGUAAUGUAUAAGAGUUGCUGAGAACAAAGAUCUGGUGCUCAGACUCUGGAGGUGACUCCUCUGAGCCCACACCAGUGCCGAAUAAACUUUGCUUUUCCAUAUUUCUGAGUGCCGUCUGUCUCCUUCUGCUGCCACGUUUUUUGCGGUUCCUGCAAUAUUUUGGUGCAUUGGCCAAGAAGCCGACAACUGAGCUGGCCUCUUGUGCCACCGAUGUUGGGGAACCGAGGGAGGCCAUGGUUGUUGGCCCGGUGACAGGUGGAUAGUGUGCACCGGCUAUUUUGCUGGAUCCAGACCCCUACUCAGGCCAAGCUGGCCUUAGCUCACAACCACGUCCCGAAUGGACUCAGAAGGAGAGUGGAAACAGGUUCCAGGACAGGACAUCGGACUGAGUUAAACCCGCUGGCCCAGCUGAUGACCGUGGAGAGUGGGAGACCGCCCUUGAUCCAGAGAGACCUCUUCGCCUGACAAUACAGAGGAGGAGACGACGAUCUCAAAGCCCUGCUCUGACCACACCAGAAGCUGGUCAGUCAACGCACGGCUGAAGCUUGAGGAAUCAGCUGCCCGGUAAAAUAAACUGCCUUAUCUUCCACACGAGACUUUCUUACUAUUAUAUACUGUUAUCUUAUAUCCAACAUGUAUGUAUGUUGCCUGUUGCUGUUAAUCUGGUCCCCCUUGGCUCUGCCAGGACCCAUUUCCUUAUGUGACCUAUGCAUUCAAGUGACCCAAUCAGAUCAAGGGGUUACAUGGACUUUGCUUUCCUCCACUCAUUUCUCCUGUCCCGGGAGAAAUUCAAGGAAGUUGUACCCCCAACAGGCCCACUUAUUCUAUCUGUCAGCAGUGGGACCAAUAUACUUGCUUUGAUCCUUAAUACUCACCAACUGAGGAGUGGUUAGAGGUCUGGCGCUCUCAUAAAUCAGGGCAACUAAGUAAUUGGACCCAAAUUACCAGCCCUGAGUUGCCAGUAUCAAUACUUUUUGAUGCCUGUGAAGCUAUGAAUGUGUCAUGGACUUCUACUAGACCAUGUGGAAGCCCAUCAUAGGAAAGAGAAUAUAGGCUCCAGCAUAAAUAUAUGUGCUGGGGGACCCCCUGGAGCGGUUGCCAGGAAUGCACUUACUGGAGCGGCAUAGCCUGGGCAACCUGGGAUAAGGGAGACAGAACAGCUGUUCUUCAGAAGGGUACAGCCCCUCCAGACUGUCAGACUAAAACUUGUAACCCAGUUUAAUUUCACUAUUUUCAAUUCCAGUGAGCCCAAAUGGAAGGAGGGUUUCAAAAUAAGCAUUCACAUUAAGGGAAGAGGCCUUGACCCUGGAGCUGUGUUACAUUUCCAGAGAAUCACGCUUGCACUCCAAGCUGCCUCUCACAGGGUCUUUCAUUCCUUUUAUGAAGAGAUAAAAAACACUCCACCAUUCCGGCCACAACUAAGAAAACUUGUUCUUAGCCCUGGCAGAAACUAUUGCAUGAACUCUCAAGAUCUCCUCUUGCUAUGUAUGUGGGGGAACGAACACAGGAGACCUUUGGCCUCGGCAAGCCAGGGAACUGAACCUGUUAGAGCCUCAUAAUGAGACUGUAUACCCCCAACUCACCAAUGGGGUAUGGCUCCUCAGAACUGCUGUUAUAGGGAGAAACCAUCUUGUGAGGUGGGGAGGAUGGUUCAAAGUUUCAGUCGGAAGCCUAACAUGUUUAGGCCGAAGGUUUUAUAAUCUGACUGCCCAAAAGACUCAGUGGUGGUCAUCUCCAGCCUCUCAGAGCCCAGGCCUAAUCCCCUAACUUUUCCCACCUCCGACAGGCAUGGGAGGAUAUUAGUGCUGAUAUCCAAUGGCGGGCACCAGAGGGAUUAUAUUGGAUUUGUGGAAAAAUGGCCUAUUCCAUACUCCCCCCAUUUGGGCCGGGGCAUGUGUACUGGGAACAAUCAGACCAUCCUUCUUCCUGCUCCCAUUGUCACUAGGGGAGCAACUGGGAGUUCCUAUAUAUAGGGCACAGGGCGCCCAGAGAGACUGAAGGGCUCUCCAGAUUGGAGACUGGAAAGAUGAUGAAUGGCCCCCAGAAUGGAUUCAAUAUUAUGGGCCUGCCACCUGGGCAGAGGAUGGCUCUUGGGGAUAUCACACCCCUAUCUCUAUGCUGAACCACAUCAUCAGACUACAGGUGGUUUUGGAACUUGUAACAAAUGACACUGCAAGGGCCUUGACUAUAUUGAACCAACAGCAAACUAAAAUGUGCAAUGUCAUCUACCAAAAUCGCUGGGCCUUGGAUUAUUUACUUGCUUCUGAAGGAGAGGUUGGUGGGAAAUUUAACUUGAGUAAUUGUUGUCUACAAAUAGAGGAUACUGGAAAGGUGAUAGAAGAAAUUGCUGACCGCAUGACUAAACUUGCCCACGUGCCUGUACAAACUUGGAAGGGAUGCAGUCUCUUUGUUUUUGCAGUUUCCACAACAACCACAGGGGAGGGCUAUGAUUCACCUGGCACAUUCUGGCCACAAAUGACAGUUCAUCUUUUGAACAAUGAAGCUUAUAGGGAAACUCCAACCCAGAAAUAAAUGCAAAGACUGCUUUAACCAAAGCAACUCCAGACGGCUGUAAUUCCUGGGAUCGUAUAUGAAAACAUGAUGGAGCAGAUAUUCAUCCAUAGGGCUGUCACUUUGUUUCCCAAUGCUGCAGUUCGUAAAUUACUGCUGAUGUUGAUGUUUCUCUUAGUUUUCUGGGUCAUUUACUUCUCUUCAAAAGACCACACAAAGGUAGGAACUGUUUCCUUUUUCAGAAUUUCAGAAAAGGUCACAGUGACUUUGAAUGUUCACCAUGAUCAAUGCAAGACUUGGGUCAACAUGGGGGUUGAAAUAAUGAAGAACUUUACCUCCAUCAAGGUCUUACCAUGUAACAAGAGUAAGAACAUAGAAACAAAAUGUCAGCUUGGCAUGAAGACUCCUUUCCCCAGUGGCUACACCAUGGAAAAAAGGUGGAUUGCAGCAUUUUGCAAACAGAUCGAGUUAAAUGAAUCAAAAAAUAUAAAUAACUGCUUGAAGAGAAAACUUAUUUACCUCAUGGGAGAUUCAACCCUGCGUCAGUGGAUUUACUACUUACAAAAAGUGGUGAAAACCUUAAAAUAUUUUGAUCUUCAUGGAGCUGGGGCCUUUGAAACACAUAUGCUUCUGGAUGCCGAAAGACAUACUUUGAUUCAGUGGAAAAAGCACAGUCAUCCGAUCGUUACCAAAUCUCGGUACUCAGUGAAGGUUGACAACUAUAUCCCACGGGAAAUUGACCGGAUAGCUGGAGACAGUGACACAGUCAUUGUCAUUACCAUUGGUCAGCAUUUCAGACCCUUCCCCAUCAACCUUUUUGCCCGUAGGGCCAUCAAUAUUCAAAAGGCCAUUGAACGUCUCUUCCUAAGAAGCCCGGAGACCAAAGUGAUACUGAAAACUGAAAACACUAGGGACAUGUCUCAAAAUGCAGAGAUAUUCAGUGAUUUUCAUGGUUAUAUUCAGAAUCUUAUCAUAAGGGAUAUUUUCGUGGAUCUCAACGUGGGUAUUAUUGAUGCCUGGGACAUGACUAUUGCAUAUGACACUAAUAACAUCCAUCCACCUGAUCAUGUGAUUAGAAAUCAGAUUAACAUGUUCUUAAAUUACAUUUGCUAGAGGAAAAAUACAGAAAACAGUAUCAACCAUUCUCUCUAGAUGACCUCACUUAUACUGCAAGGAUAGUUGAAUGAAUCUGAGGUAAGAGACAACAAAACUUUUAAAAAUAUUGUUAAACUAUACAUAAAAUUUACAACUUACACUACUUAAGAGUAUAAUUCAGUGGCAUUAACGACAUUCAUAGUAUUGUGCAACCACUAUCAUGAUCUAGUGCCAGAAUUUUUUGUCAUCCAAAAUAGAAACUUCAUAUCCCUUAAACCACCCAUUCCCCCUUUCCCCUCAUACUCAGUCCCCAGCAACCACUUUUCUACUUUCUGUCUCUAUGAAUUAGAGUAUUCUAGGUAGCUCACAGAAGAGGAUUAUAUAGUAUUUGUCCUUUGUACUAGCUUAUUUCACUUAGUAUAAUGUUUUUAAGAUCUAUCCAUGUUAUAGCAUACAUUAGGAUGUCCUUCCUUUUUAACAGCUGAAUAAUAUUUCAUUGCAUGUAGAUGCCACAUUUUGCUUAUCCAUUCAUCAUCUAUUGAUGGACACUUGGGUUGUUUCCACCUUUUGUAUAUUGUGAAUAAUGCUGCUAUGAAGAGGAAACCAAAUCUAGAUUUGUUUCCAGUGCCAAGUAUGAAGACAGAGCAACAAAACCGCAUCAUUCAUAGUUUAAGAACCGUAUGGCCUAGAAAGGAGCUGUCUAAAUGAUUCAAGUUCAGAGAAAAUGUGAAGUAUAGGAGAAAACUUAGUGGGAUCAUAAUAGCAGUUUUAUUUGCUUUAGAAAAUUAUAUAGAAUUUGGUAUCCAGUUGUUCUUUAGAUUCCAGUAGGAAUCAGGGAUCAUAGUCCCAAACCCACAACUCACUGAGAGAAACCAACUUAAUAUUAUGUCAAAGUACAGACCCUACAGCCCUGGUUCUUGCUGACCCUAAAAGUAUGAAUGUGAGGUCCCCUCCAGAGGACCUCCAAUGACUUGAUAAGUUUUGUCUCUAAAUUGUCCUCUCAGAAUAAAAGUUUCCUCCUUUUCCACUAAUAUACUUGUGGUUGCAAGAGUAGAAAUAUUGUUACUCAAGGAUGAUUUCUUUGAUUGGACUGAGUUUCUUAGGCAGAGGAAGUGAAAUUAUAAUGCUGUAACAUCAGCACAAAGGCCAGAAGACAGCUUAGGACCAGGCUCCUCUAAAUAAGGGAACAUACAUUAGAAUUCUCUUCAUUUGGUCCUAAUUCUUCAUGGAAGAAACUUUCAAAAAUGAAUCUCAUUAUUCUUUCAAUCCUUUCACUCUUAAAUGCUUACAUGAGCUAUCAUUUUCCCACCAAAGAUACCUUAAGUUCAUUUAACCCAGUUCUAAGAUGAUAAAGUUUCUAGUUUUGCUACCAUUACUCUUCUCUGAUUGCAUUGAAGUGUGAAUCAUUCUACAAUAUGCCUUCUACCUUAUCUCUUUAACAAAAUAAUGUCAUUUGCAGCAACAUGGAUGGAACUAGAGACUCCCAUACUAAGUGAGGACAGAAAGACAGAUACCAUGUGAUGUUACUUAUAUCUGGAAAUCUAAUAGAUGACACAAAUGAACCUUUCCACAGAGAAAAACUCCUGGACUUGGAGAACAAACUUGUGGUUGCCAAAAGGGAGGGGGAGGGAGUGGGAUGGACUGGGUGUCUGGGGUUAAUAGAUGCAAACUAUUGCAUCUGGAGUGGACAAGCAAUGAGAUCCUGCUAUAUAGCACAGAGAAUUGUAUCUAGUCACUUACGAUGGAACAUGAUGGAGGAUAAUGUGAGAAAAAGAAUGUAUAUAUAUGUGUGACUAGGUUGCUCUGUUGUACAGUAGAAAUUGACAGAAUACUAUAAACCAAUUAUAAUGGAAAAAAUAAAAAUCAUUAAAAAAUAAAAAAUAAACAUGAUCAGCAUAGAAUAAUGAGGAUCUAUUCUCUUGUUCUAAAGCUGCACUGUGUAAUAUUAUGCCAUUAGUCACUGAAUAAUAUUAUUGCCAUUAGUAUGGCUGUUUAAAUUAAAAAUCAUUUCCUUGGUUGCACUAAUCACAUUUCAAGUGUUCAGUAGCCACAUGUGGCUAGUGACACUAUACUGACAGCACAAUAUUUGUUUUCAUUUGUUUCUGGAGAGGGUUUU